AUGUAUCCAAACAUGAUGUCCUGCACAGCUAUCAUGCAAAAAGCUGCGAGAAGGCGUCGGCUCAACCGACACAGCCACAGAUGGUCCAGAAACAACAGGUUCUGCGACACACAAAUCACGAUUAUUCUGCACAGCCAAAGAAGCCAUCGCAGACAACACCGAAAACUCUACAUCUUGUUCAGUGGGCGUGAGAUCAGCUCCGCCAUCGGGUGGCAGGCCUCGGAAGAUAGGGCCGACGUCCAGCCGGGAAUGGAGCAGGCCUCGGAAGUGUUGCACGUGCUGCACGUGCAGCAGGCCUCGGAAGGUGGGGCCGACGUCCAGCCCGGAAUGGAGCUGGUGCGGGAGAAGUAG